AUGAUGACUUCUCUCAAGCUGCAUAAACAAAAUGAAAGCGAAGAGUUCUAGCUUCAGGAAUUGUAAUCUGAGUAAUAAUAGUAAUAAACCUUUGUUGAAAAUAUUAAGCAAAACUCCUAAGAAUAAGAAAGUCUUUCUACUAAAACGAAAAAAAUCUAAGAAGAUUCCUCUAUUUUCAAAAACCUUGAAAAUCUUCCCAAUGUCUAGAAAUAGUAGAUUACUUAACAGAACUUAUUAUUGGAAGAAAAUAUAGUAAUUGAGAAAUUUGAUAAACCUUAAUUACAAACUUUAAACUAAAAUAUGAUCUAAGAAAAAGAAAGUUAGUAAAUUAUCAGGCAAGAUAAUGUACACUCUUUAAAUUACUUAGAAAAUUAAGAACAAGCUCAUGUAGGUGAUGAGAAGGAAUUUUAAUAAAAAUCUUAAGAUCUUGAAUCAUAAAGUUAAAGUGUACAAAAAAACAAUUCUUUGUAUGAAAAAAUAAAUAAAAGAAGAAAUGUGAUCACCUUAAGCGUAAUUUUUGCUGGUCUUCUGGUUAUAGCUCUAUCACUUUACUUUGCCCUAAAACCUGGAGGAGAAAAUGAUGAUUCCAGUUUUGAAAAAAGUCCUUAUGUUGUUUAGAGGAAAUUUGUGACGUCAAAAUAAUAAAAUUACAGACUCGAAUUACUUACUACGCACAAUUACAAACGCAAUGAUUCUAGUAAUUACACUAGAGAAAUUGUAGUAGAAUACUUAUUUAGUAUGCUUAUUUAAAAUCAAAAAGAUGACUAAAUAUAAAUCCUUGCUUUUGUUGAUUAGACUAAACAAUAUGAAGUUGGAAAGCAAGACAGUGCAGUGAUAAUUUCUGGGGCGAGAAAUUUCAUAGAUUCAAAUGACUCAACUACCUCAAUUUCAACUACAAAUUAAAAAAAUACCACUGAAAAUCAAUCAAUAAAUUAAUCCCCAACCUCAAACUCAACCUCUGAUUAAGAUUUUCCAUUUUCAGAUGAUGACGUUCAAUUAAGCAGAGCUGAAAUUAUUCAAUUAAACGUUACGAAGGGUGGAGAGAUAAAAGACAUUGCUUUUCCUAUCAAUGUAAAUGAGACAUUUCUAUUCGGUCUUCCCGCUUUCCUUACUACUCUUCUACCGAAUCUUUAUAAAUCUAAUUAUGAUAUAAUUGAUCCAAAAGGAGUAAAAAUUGUAACUAAAUUAGCUAAUUUUACUUAAAAAAAUGUACAUGGAGCAUACAAAAUGUCAGUGAUGCAAAGUCAUAAGUCAGCUACAGGAGAUGUAACAUUAGUCUAAUAAUUUACUUAGAAAACUAAUGAUGACUAUCAAUAAGCUACACAGUAGUAAAGUAACAUCACUUUUAACAAUUAAGGUUACUUUGUUAAAGGUCGUGUUGAGUCAGCUUAGUAAUUUUAAUAUGAUAAUUCAACUGAAGAUGUCUUAAAUAACUAGAAAAUAACUUAAAAAUUUAAUGUGACUUUCAUCAACGAAACUAAUAUUUCUAAUAAUGAAAAAACUCAUAUCAAUAACGUUUUUAAUAUGAUGAGUACAGUAUAAUAUAAUUGGACUAAUUACCUCUAAUUUAUAGAAAACCUUAAAAAGACUGAUAUUUAGCUUGACAAUACUCUUAUCACAUCUAAUCAAACUGAAAAACCUCUUGUAGACUUAAAUUAAAAAGUUAACAUAAGCUCACCCUCAACCAGAAUGCUCACUCAAAACAAUAAUUUAUUAGAUAAUUUGCAAGUAAAGCUAUUUGAAAAGGACAUUUUAACAAUAAAAAUGAGAUCUUUUAUUUCAUUUAAGUGUGAUAAAUAAUAAGAUAGCUCCUCAAAUGAUGAGUGUUAAACUCAAGUGUUCCUUCAAUUUUUAGGUUUAAAUAUUCCUGUUUCACCUAUACAAAAAGUGAAUUUUCCUUUGACCAAAUUUAAAAAUGAAGUUAAUUGGCUUAAAAAGAACUUAUUGCUAGCAGUGAGCAAAAUAAAAAACACUGUCAUUGAUGUGGUAAAACAAGUGAACUACUAAAUUGAUGCAAAAUUUAAUUUGGCACAAAAAUUAUUUUCUAAUUUGUCUAAUCCAAUUUUGAAUGAUAUCUAGAAAUACGCAUCAGGCAUCACUUCUUCUAUUUCUGUGGAUUUAUUAGAUAAGCUCUAAAAGCUAUAAUUGUAAUACACUUAAAUUUUGAAUUCAACAUAAUAAAAAUUGGGCACUAUUCAAAAUAUUACUUCUUAAACAGCUUAAGCCUAUAUUUCAACAUUGUAAAACAAUUUGUCAAAAAUUUAAUAAAGCCUUAUUGAAUAGAGUUAGAAAAUAAAUUAAAUUUACCAAAACAAAACAAAUUUAAUUUACAAAGAUGGCCAAAUUGCUAUUUAAAAUGUUUAGUAAACUUUAAAACAAGCAUACGAUCUUAUUCAAGAUAAAAUAAAUAUUUAAAUACAAUAGAAUCUAACUAAAUUUGUAUAAAGUCAAUAAAGUACUUUUAUUAAUAAUACAUAGACUUUUUUAAAUGCCUAAUCAUCAAAAAUUACUAAUUUCACUAGUUAAUAAACAUCUAAAAUUUAAUAGCAAAUCAUCCAAUUAUCUUAAAAUUCUUUCUCUAAUAUCUUCUAAGGCCAAUUAAAAUAAAUAUCAAAACAAAUCAAUGAUUAACUUGAAAAGUCGCUGAAUAACUUACAAUCAUAAUUCAAUAUAGCAAAACAAUCAAUAAAUAUAACUAUUAUAUAAGUCAAAGAAAAUCCAUAGAUUAAGAGUGUAUUGGAAUUAAAAACUUCACAAAAUAUAUUGAACCAGAUAAAUGAAAGUUAAAAAGCUGCAUAGGAUUUGUAUAGCAGCUUUAAUUCAUUAACUAGUUUAGACUCUCUCUAUACUUUUAUCGCAAGUAACUUUACGUCAUGUGCUGAUAGUAUUAAUCAAGAAAUAACUUCUAAAUUGACUAAUAUAACUGACAUAUUUUCAAAUAUAGCUUAAUAAUCAAUUCUUAGCUUUAAAGAUACAAUUACCACUUUAAAAAGUAAGACUUAUGACUUCUCUUCUAAUUUAAGUUAGCAAAUUCUUGAUGGGGUUGAUAAUGAGUUUAUCGCAGUUAGCAACUUCGACAAGAAAAUAAUGGAUUAAUCUGAAUAAGCUCUUUAAAUGCUUUCAGCUGACUUUAGCUCAUCGAAUUUUGUAGAUCAAGUUAAAAAACAAAUGGGAAAACAAUCAUAAAUCUUAACUGAUGACAUUAGCGAUUUGUCUUUAAAAUCUUUAAAUUUAACUAAUUUGUAAGAUGGAAAUAUCUUUGACUUUCCAGUAAAUUCUUUCAUAAGUGGAAUUAAAGAUGCUAUCAACAACGGAACUGACACUAUAAAGAAUACAAUAGAUUCUGUGAAAAAUGUCUAGAACUCUUUUAAUGAUUUGUCAAAUCAAUUAAGUCAAAUUCAUUAAGUUGCUUUAAAUUUCAGCUAAUUCGAAAACUAAUUUCUCAACAUUAACAAGAAUUUCGAAGACAUAGUUGGCUAAAUUGAUCUAUAAAAUUUAUUCUAAACAAUUACUGAAGAUUUAAAAUAAGAUUUGAUUAGUUUUGUUAAAUCUCAAAUCCUUGAAAAGAUUUAAAAAUAAGCUAUUGAUUAAAUUAAAGAUAAAUUUUAAAAAUUAGGAAAUGAAUUUCUCAAAACAAACUUAAAUAAUGCAAUUGCAAAACUAGAAAAUGUGAACAAACUCUUUGAAUCUGCGAUCACUAAAAUAUCCUCAAAAUUUUAAAUUAAGAAAGAACAAAAGGUUUUGUUUGAUGAAAAAAUGAAAUUUCCUUAAUAUCCAUAGCCUUAUUAUAUCCCUACACCAAUUGGCAUUCCACUUGUCUUGCAAUAUUACUUUUAAUUCAGUGCUUAAAUAUUUACUUUCAUUGAAAUUUAAGCUACAUCAAUAAACGCUGGGUUUGGUGUAUCAGCAAAUGCAGAGUUUGAUGCAAGUGCUGCACUUUCAGUAUUAAUAGCCGAAAUAGGAGCAUAUGCUUAAGGAACAAUUGUUUCAGUUGAUCUGUAAGGUCUAUUGAGUAUAUAGCUUCUACAAAAACAAAAUCUCUAAUUCAUAGUUGAUGCUACAUUCAAAGCUUUUAAUUUAAAAGCUUCAAUUUAUAUUUCAUAUAUUCAAAUAAAAUUAGAGAAGGUAUGCUUAUUUUAAAGAAGAAUGUUGCGUUGGAGGUGUAGAAUUGGUAGAGCGAUAUCUAAUUUGGGUUAACAAGUUAGUCACUUUGUUCCUCAAAUUAUUAAAAAAUAUGCUUGUAUCUAUGUUCCUUAAAUUUCUAAAUCUGAUAAGAUUGAUAUCUUACCAGCUUUAAAUAUAUAAGGGUCAUAAACUUAGGUCUAAUUAGUUAAUAUAAAUGUUGGUUGAAGUGUUUUAAAAAUAUGUGUU